UCUAUCACACAUUUAUGAAUGAUGUCACAUGUAUUUAUGUAUCGUUGAAUCUGCAUUUACAAGCAGUCACACACGCUUGGAUUGCUUUGAAUUUGUGUGCGAUAUUUUUGAGACUGUCCUGCCACGUCAAGAUUCAUAAAUAUCUUUUUUUUGAGGACGUUCUCUUUAGCCAAUCGCGUUGAGCUCUUGAUCCACCAAUCAAAACGCUCCUUACUGAACAGACUCAAGAAGCACAAUUCUGCGCUUGCACUGCGCAAUGCAGGAGGACUCUUCAACAUGGCUGCUGAAGAUAGCGCUCGUCGAGCAUUGUCAUCGGAGGUGGAAUCGGCUGCGAGAGCUCUGGUAGAAGUGUUAGCCAGGGAUCUGGCACCAGGCUCAUCAAGAGCAGGACACCUUGACACCGAGAACAGCCCAAGAAUAAGGGAAGCAUCCCUUCCUUCAGAUAGGGCAAGAGUCAGUGCCCCUUCUCCUUUGAUUCCCUCCUGUUCUGAUUCACAGAUUAGGGUGAGGCAGGCACUAAGAAGGCAGUUUCCUGGUAUGUUCAAGUCUCAAAAUGAUCAGCCUAGGGGGAAAAAACGUUUCCUUUCAACACCAUCAACAAGUGUGAAAACAACAGACUUUCAGGUGUAUGUCCUGCCCAAACUGACCCCUGUCACUCCAAAAGGCACAGAAGACCUAGAGUUUGCACAUGCGGGCUUGGGUAAAAGACUUCUGAGUCUUCCAGACAACUUAAAACACAGCGAGAUUGUUUCUCAAUUAGAGGAUGAAUUUCCCAAAUUAAAAAGUAUAGAAGGCGGUUGGAUGUUCUAUAAAUCUACAGGUGGUGGUGGACAGCGUAAGCUGUCAGUUAUUCCAACAGAUAGUGAGGGGUAUUCCACUCGUCUCCUGAAAUCUUCUACUAAUAAUGGCAAGAACGUCCUGUAUGUAGUUCCAUUACAGGAGGAACUUUCCACUGAACCACUGCCAUAUGGUUCAGCGGAGUUCUCAAAAAUGCCACAGGCAAGCUGCAUGAAGUGUGGCAAAAAAAUACCACUGCAGUUGUUAACACUUCAUGUUGAAGACUGUGAAGAAACUGAUACAAAGACUGAAGUAACUGUAAUUGAAGAUGACGACGAUCAUGCAGAUGACGAGACAACCCUUAAUGACAUGCAAUCCAGAGGGAGUGAAGAGAAAUCACAGCAGGUUUGUCCCAUUUGUCAGCUUUCGUUUCCAUCUGAUCUCCUUCCAUAUCAUGCCAGUAUGUGUGGUGAAAAAGAGGCUACAUUUGAUGACACUUCCACAACAGAGGAGCAGCCAGGAUCCUCAGGGACACAAUUAGCAUCAGAACCUAAAACGGGAUGGGAAAAUGAAAUGGAUCCCCAGAAGGCAUGCAGUUUGUUCCGAGAGGAAUUACUUAAUUUGAACAGUGAACAGCCAAGUCUGACACUUCUCAUUAAUCAGUUUGAUUCUGUGGAUGAGCAGGAUAGCACCCUUAUUUCAUUUUACAAAAAGAACAAUGUUUCCUGGGCAGCUCCACUGAAGUGCAGACUAAGAGGGGAUGCAGCUGUGGGUACCGGGGUGAACCGCCAUGUUUUAUCUAUGGUUAUGGAGAAAUUGAAGACUGGGUUCAUGUUAAAUUUAGGCUCAUCUGCUGCAACACUUUUUGAAGGGGAGAAAGACCAUCGUGUCCCCACAGCUUCUGCUGUAGUCCGUGACAGCAAUCUUUUCCAGAUGGCAGGUCGAAUGAUCGGCCAUUCUUUUAUUCAUGGCGGGCCUUGUCUUUCUGGAUUAAGUGUGCCUGUUGUUAUCCUUUUAACUGGUGGAACUAUCGACAGCGCUGCAUCAGCUUUAACUCUGCAGGACUGUCCUGAUUUGGAUCACAGAGAAACUAUUAGUUUGCUCAAUAAAGCAAAACUUGAUGAAGCAGAACACACACGACUAACUGAUUUGUGUUUGUUCUGGGACCUUCCGAUCCCAUCUUCUACAAACAAGGAGUGGCUGUUCCAGCAACUGCUGACACAUGCUGUCCUUGGGCGUGUAAAGAAGCAAAUCAAAGAUCUACGCAAAGGGAUAAUGGACACGGGAAUCUGGCCACUUGUUUCCAAAAGACAAGAUGUCCACAGGUUUCUUUUUCCAAGGGAAUCAUCAGUAGUUCUUGAUUCACAGACUCUCCUCCAGAAAAUUACGUGGCCAAAACUAAAGGAGGAUGACGACGACGACGAUGACGACGACAACAUAACUGUGGAGAAGCUGACCCUUAUUUCGGGCUACAUGCGCACUUUUAUUGAGGAAGCAUCACCAUCUCUACUGAGUGACCUGACAAGGUUCUGGGUGGGGUGGGAGAUACCAGAAGAAUACCUUGUCCUAGAAAUUGUGACUGGUCAAUACCCAGUGGCACACACGUGUUUCAACACACUCCGCCUCCCGUGCCAUUACCAUAACUAUGCUACUUUUAAAAAGGAAAUGCUAAUGUGCCUCAAAUCUGUUAGCAGUGGAUUUGGCCUUGUGUAGUCCUAUUCCAAAUUCCCGUUUCGUUGCAGUAGUCUGCAAGCAUUUGUUCUUAUUUAAUUCAGGAUUGUCAGACAAUGUUGAAUUGUUAUACAUUCAUGUUGUACAUGUUUCUGUCUUACAAGGUUGUAUAAUUAAGAAAGCUGUGUUGAUUUAAGUCUGCAAAAGUUAAAGUAAAAUACUAUGUUAUUUAAGCUUGUACAAAUGGCAGGUGUUUUUAUAAGAUGUUCUUAGAAAGUUCAGUAUAUUUCAGGAUUGCAAGAAAACAUUUAAAUUAAAUGUUACACUACACAAUUAUAGUUUACAUCAGUUGUCACCAAUCCUGGUCCUGGAGGUCCGGUGUCUCUGCAAAGUUUAGCUCCAACCCUAAUCAAACAUACCUAUAGCAGCUAAUUAAAGUGCUUCAGGUGUGUUUGAAUAGGGUUGUAGCUAAACUCUGCAGAGACACCGGCCCUCCAGGAUUGGUGAGCACUGGUUUACAUGUUUCCCUUUCACAAAAGUUUACUGUAAGAUAAAGCAAAACUGUAAAAUCUGUUAACAUGCAAUCUGUAUGAGAAAAUAAAAAUGUUUUUGCAAAAAGUAGCA